UGAGGAAGGAGGGGAACCUUGAAAAUUCCCUUCCGCUCCUGCUCUCAGCCCUGGGAGACCCAGGGCACAUUGCGUGGUGUUUGCUGACUCCAGUGGCGGCGGCGGCAGAGGAAGCGGCUUCAGGUUAUUAUUUUUCAGACUCUUGAUUCUGAAUCUGCGGGAGGCUGAAUUGCUGGUGCUCACCACUCCUUCAUUUUCUCCAAACAAAACUGCUGAAGGAGCUCCUGGAACCAGGCAGUGCAAGUGUUGUUGGGAAGCAGUGUCUUCACCGCACACAGCAGAGCAGUCCCAGGCAGGGUCAGGAGUGAAGGCAUCUGAGGCUUCAACAACAAGAUCUUGCUCUCAGCUUGGAACAUCAUGAUGCCCGGUGGUCAGCAGAGCGAAGACAGCAAGCUACGGGGAGAGCAUCUUGCCCAAAGUAGUGCAGGGGACAUCAUGAGUGUGCAGGGUCUCGAGGAUGAGGGGGAAGCAGCAGCCUCCGCUUCCUCUCUAUCCUCUCCCUCCCUUACUGUCAUCGCGUCCACACCAAUAGAAAAGCCUGGGCCUGGGACACCAAGUUGUCCUCAGAAUCCUCAGGGCAUCUCCUCUCCCCCCAGUGCCAUGGCUGCCACUCAAAGGAGCCAGUGCAGUGAGGGCUCGGGCCGGCAAGAGGAGGAGGGUCCAAGUCCCUCGCAGGACAAGGAGGCCCCUCAGAUCAGGCAGGAGGAGUUACCAAAUGACAAGUUGGAUAAAAUGGUGCCAUUCCUGCUCCGCAAGUAUCAACAGAAGGAGCAGAUCACCAUGGAGGAAAUGCUGCACGUUGUGGAUGAUGAUUACCAUGAGCACUUCCCUCUGAUCUUUAGGGAACUCUGUCAGUGCAUGUGUCUGGGCUUUGGCAUUGAGCUGAGGGAAGUGGAUCCCCCUGGCCAGACAUACGAGCUUCUCCCUGUCCUGGGCCUCACUUACAAGGGGAUCCUGGAUGACGAUGUCCAGGUCAUUCCCAAAGGGAACCUCCUGAUAGUCAUCCUGAGUGUAAUCGUCAUAAAGGGCGACCGUGUCAGUGAGGAGGACCUAAGGGAACUGCUGAGAGAUAGGAAGCUAUUAGCUGAGAGGGAGCUCGUUAUUAUCGGGGAUCCCUGGAAAUUCAUCACAGAGGAUUUGGUCCGGGAAGAGUACCUGGUGUACCAGCAGGUUCCUAAUAGUGAUCCUGCUCGCUGUGAGCUGCGGUGGGGUCCACGGGCCCACGCUGAAACCAGCCCAGUGAAAGUCCUGAAGCACAUGUUCAGUCUUGAUAGGACAGAUCCCAGGUCUUACCCACAUCUACAGGAGCAGGCGCUGAGAGAGGCAGAAGGUCUGCCUGAGGCCCUUGAGGGCGAGGAUGAGUGACAGGGUGGGGAGUGUGCUGCCACCACGUCGCUGCUUGGUCCCCACCCCACGUGAAAUGAGCCCCAUUCUCAGGCCGUGUUUCUGCAGAGCAGCACUUUCGUCAGCAGUGAGGGCCAGGGUGGGUGAUGAAGUACUGUGCUUGACAACUUGGUGUCUGUUCUGUUUGACUUACUUACAAACUGACAGCUGUUUCGUUUAUAAGUUUUAAAAUCUUGUUCCUUUUUCACGAGAUUGAAGUUGCUUGCAGUUGUUAUUUGAAGGAUGAUACUGAACUCACAUGCAGUUUUAUUUUUCUGAGGCUGUUUGAUUGUGAUUUAUGAUGUCAAUGUGUUUUUAUGUGACACUGAUCAAAAACAGAUUUUGGUUUUCCAUUCCAAGUGAAAAUGUCUUUACUGUUUUUUCAAGCAAACAGGAGACCUUCUGUUUUGUUUAUGAGGAGAUGAUUGGACAAGGAAUUUCCUUGGAAAUGUGUAACAAGUUUACAUGAAGUUAGAUGGUGCCUAGAAAAAGAU